AUGGAUGGAGAAAGGAAGAAGAGAAAGAUGGAGAACAGGGAAAACGAAGAAGAAAAGAUGGAGUCGUUCUUUGCUUCAAUAAAAAACAUACGAGAUAUUCGUCAAAGUAUGAUGAUCGGUCGAGAUCAAUCGAACAAGAAAGACGACGUAAAACCAAUUAAAGAUAAGCCGCCGGCGCCCGUCGUGGCUUGGAAUCCAUCGUUUCAACCAGAAGAUUUCAUGGAUGAUCCACAGCAAACGCCUCUUAAUUAUACAGCUCAGUUAGCUGGCGGCAGCCGUUCAAAGGGGAAAAAAGAAGAAGAAGAACCAGAAGACGAAGAUCAAGGUGGAGACACGGGAUUGGAUCUCAAUCUUUCUCUUUAG